GGCAUGCGGACACCCACUCGGCCGGUCCAGGCGCUCAGGCUCCCGGAAGCGGAAGGGGAGCGCGGCCCGGCCUGGGCGGCGGCGCCGGAGGAGGCGGAGGUGGCGCCGCAGGAGGAGGGGAAGGAGCUGCCGGCGGUCGCGAGAGCGGCGGCGGCGAGAGGCGAGCCCGCGGCCACGAAUGAAGAACUUUUUCACUUACCGCAGGAUUUUCAGCUUCAGCAAGCAGGUUCUCAUGGAGAACUGUUAUUGAAGAGAGAUCCAUUUGGUGGGAUAUAAUUUAAGAAAAGAAUGAAUCAACAGAAAAUAUCUAAAUGCAGGUACCAGAAAAAUUACAGCACAUCUCAGUGAAUUUGCAAGUGGAGCUCUUGGAAGAUCACUGUUCUGUGUUCUACAACCCAGUUGAAAGGACUAUGUGGUGCUAAGUGUUACCAAUCAGGAUCAUCCUUUCUUGUGGGUUAGCAGGCAGUUAUAAGAUUGCAAAAUGGGUCUCCGGAUUCACUUUGUUGUUGACCCACAUGGUUGGUGCUGCAUGGGUUUGAUUGUCUUUGUUUGGUUGUACAAUAUUGUUAUAAUUCCCAAAAUUGUCCUCUUUCCUCACUAUGAAGAAGGACAUAUUCCAGGCAUAUUAAUAAUAAUAUUCUAUGGCAUUGCGAUAUUCUGUCUGGUUGCCUUAGUGAGGGCCUCAAUAACUGAUCCUGGAAGACUCCCUGAGAAUCCUAAGAUCCCACAUGGAGAAAGGGAGUUCUGGGAAUUAUGUAACAAGUGUAAUUUGAUGAGACCAAAGCGUUCCCAUCACUGUAGCCGCUGCGGCCACUGUGUGAGGAGAAUGGAUCAUCACUGUCCAUGGAUUAACAAUUGUGUUGGUGAAGAUAAUCAUUGGCUCUUUCUGCAGUUGUGUUUCUACACUGAACUUCUUACUUGCUACGCACUGAUGUUUUCUUUCUGCCACUAUUACUAUUUUCUUCCACUAAAAAAGCGUAAUUUGGAUCUCUUUGUUGUUAGACAUGAAUUGGCCAUAAUGAGACUAGCUGCCUUUAUGGGCAUUACUAUGUUAGUUGGAAUAACUGGACUCUUUUACACUCAACUAAUUGGCAUCAUCACAGAUACAACAUCUAUUGAAAAGAUGUCAAACUGUUGUGAAGAUAUAUCGAGGCCCCGAAAGCCAUGGCAGCAGACCUUCUCAGAAGUUUUUGGCACUCGUUGGAAGAUCCUGUGGUUCAUUCCUUUCAGGCAGAGGCAACCACUGCGAGUUCCCUACCACUUUGCCAAUCAUGUCUAAACAGAUGGAUGGUGGGCACAGAUGGGUCCUCCAUGCUGGAAAUGCGUUACAGGUUUUAUGAUAAUAGAACUAUGACAGUCUUCAAGUCAAUUAAAAUCCACCCACCAAUCUUAGGCAUCAUAAUGUGCCCCAGGCUUUAUUUUAAUAGUGAUCUUGAUCCUGUUGUGGGACUAAUACAAGAUCUAUAUUUAAGUUUUAAAGCAUGUUUACUUUCAAAUUAGCUUUCCACAGGGAUUUCUUUAAAUGCUUUUGUUCUUAAACUCAAAAGGCAGUGAUUGGGAUGAAAUAAUUGUACAUAAUUUCUUUAAGUACUGACAAUGUUACAGAUUCUAAUUUAUGGUAAAUUUCAGAUGUUGAUUUAAAAUUUUCACUUUUAAACAGUACUAACCAAAUCUAAAUUUAAUUUUUCAGGUUUUACAAAAGCUGAUACACCUUCUUAUAGUAUAGAUAAAUUUUCUGUUUCAAAUCCAAUUUAAAAUAACCUUCCUUUUUAUAUGUGCUGCAACAUUUUAAAAAAUGCGGCAGCAAAGGAGUGAACAACAGUAACAAAAAAGGGCAGUGGUUUCUUAGGAGUGGCUAAUGUUUUCUUCUUUUUUUCUUCACCAAAACCAAAAUAAAAGCACCACUGAAGUAAAACACCCAACUACCUACCUGACUGUAAAGGAAAUGUUAAAACUUUUCACAAUAAUUUUUCCAUUUUCACCAUUACUGUUGUAAUUUUGAUUGUGAUUAGACUAUUCACCUCCAGGAGAACUCCUGACCAAUGGGCAUGUAUUCCUAUUUUACCCUAAGAUUUUAAUGGGCAAAAAGGGGAGAGAAUUUGCAAUAACUUCACAAUUACCUUUUCUAGUGCAGUUACAUUAGAAUGCAUAUGUUUUUAAAAUGCUAGUGUAACUAGAUAAUAUAUAAUGUACAGUAUAAAGAGGAAUAUUGUGCUUUUGAAAAGAGUAUACUUUUUACUUUUAUUUAUGUAUUAGUAGAUGUAAAAUUCCACAUUGAAGGUUUAUAUAUAGAUAUUGACCAACUCAUAUAGAAAUUUUAUUUAUAAGAAGCUACUACUAAAAGAAGUUACUAACUUUUAUGUACCUAUAAUCACCUAAAUUAAAAUUAAAUUUUAAUUGUCCGGCUAUAAUUUGCAUUGAGAGACCUUCUACUAGUAGCUAAUGUUAGGAAGUGACCCUAAAAUAAGAAAAUAUAAUGAUCUGGGUUUAUCAUUAUCCUUACACAAAUUUACAUUACUAAUAGUGAUGUUCUCUUGCAAGGCACAGAACAUUUGUAUGAAAAGACAUUUAGUAUGCUUCGAAAAAAACUCAGCUUUUAAUUUUUUUCCAUUAGAAUACUGCAAAACUCAUAUAUCUUUUAAAAGAAUUUAUGUACUCACAAUCUUUCCCUUGAAGAGAAGAUUGAAAGAGUCUACUGUUUAUGAACCAUGCUAAUAUUUUCCUUUUAGUUAGUCUUGGAAGUAAGGAAUAAUACCUGGGAAAUAAUUAAACAGAAGGUUACCAUUGUCAGCCAGCUGGCUGUAUUGUGGUUAGUUCUUUCAGAAAUUGUAAAUAUCUUAUAACAUAUUCUGAAAUAAUAGAGUAAGUUCUUCUCAGAGAUGCUAAUAUUAUGUUUUCAUGUUCUAAUUAGAAUACUUUAUUACUUAAAAACUCAGAAGUGGCAGAUAAACGUAUUUAUUGGUACUGAAAAAAGAUGUAGUGAAUUAAAUAGAAGAAAUAUAUUUAUAAAGCUUAUUGAAACACAAAAUUAGAAUGUUCAUGUCAGGCAAAUGGGUUGCAUUUUGUGCAAGCCAAUUGACCACAUUUGGCCUGGUGACAGAACUGUUUAUAAGGAAGUAAUAUAUAGAUAACAUAGGUAGAUGUCAGUUGAAUGCCUUAUAUUGUGUGCAUUCCUUUCAAAUAAGGACCUUGAGAAAACAGCAGAGCCAGUGAACAUCCCCUAAAAAUCUCUGUGGCUAAUUUAUACUUUAUGUGGUAGCAGUAGGUACACUGAAAGGCACUGGGCGGGGUCUGUUUCCUACUCUGAUGAUUUGUGUUCUUAUUUUUCCUAGAUUUACCACUUUUAGGGCUUAUUCUUUACCCUGUUCCUCUUUACCUUCCCUGGUCCCGAUCCCUCUGUACUCAAUAACUUUAAAUUAUUGGACUAUAAACUAAUACACUAGAAAAGCAUAUGCUUGUUUUAUUUGAGUGGCAGAAAUGCUCUCUAUUAGUAUAUUUACAUAAGAAUAUAUAUUAAAGUAUAUCUAUAUAUACUUACACUGUAACUUUCAGUAUUCCUAAGUCAGCAUACCUAACCCUCCUGUUGGUUUUGUUAAUUAAUUCUUGUUAGACUACUAGAGAGAAACCAACUGGCAGUUUCCUAAGCGUAUCUACCGGUGUUCUUUCUGCGCCCUCUUUUGGCUAAUUGGUGUAAUUAUACUGGCACUAGAGAUUUACUGCCCUAUGAGUAAAUAGUAUAGCCACAUUCUGAACAUAUCAAAAGUACAAACUUCUGAGGAGUGUAUGUAUAAAAAUGUAAAAUUUUAUGAAGGUGAACAUUUUUUAAUGAUAUUUCUAGUUCUUAAGAAUGUGAUGACUACUUUGCUUCAUUUAUAUGUAUUCUCAUUAAAUUCUUGUUAUCGAUCAGUCACAAAUUUAUAUCAGAUUAGGAUAAACUAAGCCGUUUCAUGUAUUUUAUUUUAAACUUCAUUUUGGCAGAGUAAUUCCUUAGAAUAGGAAAAGCUUUUACCUUUACCAAUUUAUUACAAAGCAGAAAUUUAUUGUAGCUACAAAGACAACCAAGUGUCUACUGUGUUUUAACGAAUAUCUAAAAAACUAUAUUUAGGUUUUUUUACUCAGUUUUGAAAUGAUUUGUUUUUACUGGCUCUAUUGCCUUAAAAUAACACAGAAAUUAAUGAUUCUUUAUAUACUUUUCCUUUUCUGUUUUUUUUUUUAACUUUCCCAGAGUUAUAUCUAUCGUUUUAGUAAUCAAUUUAUUAUGUAUUCUGGAUAACUAUGAAAACAACUAAAGGUGUUGGACGUUAAAAAAUAAUUGUGAGCAGUGAGAUUACUGCUAUAAUAUGUGUGUUGGACUGAAGUAUUUCCUUAUACACAUUCUGUUUGAUUUUAAGCAAAAUGUAUGUUAAAGAAUGCUUUUACAUUAGUAAAGUCAUUAUUGGGUUUCAGGAAAUGGAAGGUUUUUACCUAGAUACUAUAAGUUACACCUCCUGAACAAUCAUAUUUGUCAUUGUUUUUUGCAAACAAAAAUGUUUAUGGGCUUCGUAUAGGCUUAAGAUUUUAGGCAAAAAUGGACUGAGUUCAGGACCCCUCAACCAGUAGACAUUCAAUUAGAGAGCAGUUGGUACUUUGUAACCCAAACUUAUAGUUUAAAAAUAUCAAGUUAGCUGAUGUUCCAUUGUAAUAAAAGUGCUAUUUUGCUUAA